UAAUAAUUAAUUUAGUAUAUAUAUGCAAGGAUCCUCGGUUGAAAUUGCUUAAGCAUAACACAAAAAUGAAUUAGUUCAUCAAUUGCUUGAAUAAGCACAUGAGACAGAAUUUAAAUAAUUAGAUAGUAACUAAGUAGGAAAGGCGAUUGAUUACAUUCUGUAGAACUCCCAUCUUGGAUUUAUUUUUAUUUAUACAGAGAAUCAUCAUAUCUUUGGAUAGAUUUUGAUGACAAAAGAAUAUAAUGUAUACUCAGGGUUGACUUGCUGGUUUUAAUCUGUAAUUUUAUCAUUUAAGAUCAAUCUUAGGUUUAUGUUAAGAAGGAUCAUAGAUAGAAGGGAAUAUUUAAAUAAAUGCAUAAAGAGUUUUUGAAAUAUGCAGCUAAGGAAAAAGCAGGGACAAAAUUAUAUGUUGAAUUAGAGAAUAAAAAUGCAAUAAAAGUUUAUGAGAAAUUAGGAAUGGUGAGAACAGAGGAAACAAUAUUUGAAGAUGAUUUUGUAUUUCAUCCUGUAAAGUAAGGGCAAAUUAAUAAUAGAUUAGAAUUAUUAAUCUUGGUUAAGAUAGUGUGACUAGGACUACAAAUAACAAAAAGGAAAUUGAGGAUUUAAUUAAGAAAGGAAAGAGUGUAUUAGGAAAUGACUUAACACAAUAAUUACACAUUGAGUAUUGUUUAAAUAAUAACAAAAAUUCAUUUGUGAUUACAGAAAACUAAACUGAUUAUUUAAUAGGAUUAUAUUUCUUAGAGUUUAGUGAUUGGAGAAAUGGAGUAUUAUUAUUUAAUUUAAAUAGAUAAUUCUCUGGUUUUAUGAUUUUAUAAGUUCUACUUACAAUAAUGGAAUGAUUAGUAUAAUGUUAAGCAGUAUGUUGAAUUCAAUAAAGUAAAAGCAAAUUAAGUUUAAUCCUGAAGUAAAAGGAAUUAGAAUACUUGUAAAUAGAUCAAAAGGAUAAAGAUUAGAAUAAUUAUUAGAAGUUGUUGGUCUAAAAGAGUCACACUAUUACAUAUAUUAUUAAAAAAGUGAUUGA